AUGCUAGAAACAGUCAAGUACCUGAUGGGCACGGCUGGGGCGAGUGGGUUCAGUUCCAAGUCCACGGCGGAGCAAGUGACGGCCGUCUGCCCUGAUCUCCGCCAUAUCACGGCCAUCAUCACAGGUGCGACAUCUGGGAUAGGGGAGGAGACGGCCAGGGUGCUGGCUAUGCGCGGGGCUCGCCUCGUUCUUCCGGCCCGCAACCUCAAAGCGGCCGAGGAGACUCGCUCUCGCAUUUUGUCCGAGUUUCCCCAGUCGGACAUUCUUGUCAUGGGCCUUGACCUCAGCUCACUCAACUCCGUACGCCGAUUUGUCGCCGACUUUCACUCUCUUAAUCUUCCUCUCAAUCUUCUAGUAAAUAAUGCGGGGAAGUUCUCGUACGAUCAUGCUAUUUCGGAGGAUGGAAUUGAGAUGACUUUUGCUACUAAUUACUUGGGUCACUUUCUGUUGACAAAGCUAAUGUUAAAUAAAAUGAUGGAGACGGCGAAAAGUAGCGGCGUACAAGGAAGAAUAGUGAAUGUAUCCUCCAGUAUUCACAGCUGGUUUUCGGGAGAUGCGCUUCGUUAUUUAGACUUAAUUACCAACGAUAAGAGUGAAUACGAUGGGACACGUGCGUAUGCCCUCUCAAAACUGGCCAACGUUUUGCAUACCAAGGAACUUGCCCGCUUGCUCCAGGAAAUGGGAGCAAAUGUGACUGUCAACUGUGUUCAUCCAGGGAUUGUUAGAACCAAACUCACUAGAGAUCGUGAAGGCCUUAUCACUGAUUUGGUGUUUUUGUUGGCUUCCAAACUCUUGAAGACUAUACCGCAGGCAGCUGCUACUACUUGCUAUGUGGGGACAAACCCAAGACUUGCUAACAUAAGUGGUAAAUACUACUCGGAUUGUAAUGAAGCCUCGACGUCCAAAUUGGGUUCAAGCUCGGCAGAAGCGGCUCGGUUGUGGGCAGCCUCUGAGACAAUGGUCUCCUCAGAUUUUUCAGACAUGGAUAUUGCAUUCACCCGUUCUUCAGUUGAACAUAAUUAG